UAUUUUGAAAAUUCAAACCGGAAGAUUUCCAUCUUACUUUGUGUACCUUUACACUGGAACUUCACAAAGAUAUAAGUAACAGAGCAAACUGGAUUGAAUUGUUUUUUCAGUAAUUGAACAACAAAAACCUUUUACGAACAACCAUUCAAAAAACGAAGUCAUGGCAGACCUUGGCAUCCAAGCAGGACACAAGGUGCUGCUGGUUUGGGCUCAGCCCUCAUCACCAGCAGCCCUGAAACAAUAUGCAGAGGAACUGGGUGCCAUUGUUGGUGCAGAUGGAAAAGUGUCAGUGGAGAACAUGGAGAGGUUAUUGCUGUCCUCCCAUUCAGCAUCCACCUUUGACUGGGUGCUCUCUGGCCUUCUGGCUGACAGCACCUCCGUCCACGGUUCAGAGGCUCUAGCUGAAAUGGCCAGAGUGCUCAAACCUGGCGGGAAACUAGUUGUGGAUGAAGCAGUUGCAGGAGAUGAGGCGCAGAGCGUGAGGACUGCUGAGAAGCUGAUGUCCGCUCUGAAGUUGUCCGGCUUCAUGUCAGUGAAGGAGGUCAGUAAAGCAGAAUUGAGUCCUGAGGCAUUGAGCUCCCUCAGGACGGCCACUGGUUACCAAGGAAACACACUGUCUAGAGUCCGCAUAUCUGCUUCCAAACCCAACUAUGAGGUGGGAUCAUCCAGCCAGAUUAAACUGUCAUUCGGAAAAAAGACGCCCAAGCCAGCAGAGAAACCUGCUCUGGAUCCCAACACUGUUAAAAUAUGGACGCUGUCAGCCAUGAAUGAUGAUGAUGUGGACCUGGUGGACUCGGAUGCUCUGCUGGAUGAAGAUGACUUGAAGAAGCCCGACCCAGCCUCUCUUAAAGCAACCAGCUGUGGAGAGGGAGCCGGCAAGAAGAAGAAAGCCUGCAAGAACUGCACAUGUGGUCUUGCUGAGGAGUUGGAGCAGGAGAGUAAAGACACAAAGAAGACUGACCUACCAAAAUCUGCCUGUGGAAGUUGUUACCUUGGUGAUGCGUUCCGAUGUGCCAGCUGUCCGUACAUGGGGAUGCCGGCUUUCAAACCAGGGGAGAAGAUAGUGCUGGACAACAACACACUGACAGACGCUUGAUUUCACACAUCCUACAGCUCAUCCUUCAAAACAUUACAUUCCUCUCUUUUCCAUCCACCCCGAGACUCGAUUCCCGUCUGCGAAAACCACUGAGUUUAAAGCUGCUUUUUCAGCGGACGUCAAUGCGGAUGUGAUGGGGAUUUGUGCCCGUUUGCCUGCUCAGUGAGAUGUCUUCUGUCUGAUGGGUUCAGUGUUUCAAAUCACAACACACAUCAUUUUGUUUCCAACAAAAGCAAGUCAUGUUCAUAGUUUCUUAAUUUGAAAGUUUGGCAAUGCAACUGUGACAACGAGCAAGAGUGAGAUUUAAAACGCACUCCUUGUCACAGCAGUCUCACUCCUGCUGUUCAUUAUGCAAACUGUGGCGUUACAAUUAGUGCUUAAAAGCUCUGAAAUACAUUUGCUCUUGUUGUUCCUUUUUAAAGGUUUUAUUUACACCUGACCACUGACAUAGUUACAGGAUAAAGUCAAAAGUUCACCAGUAUAACUGAAGCAUACAGAGGUCCAUACAAACACAAUCUAAACUGUCCAAGCUGAUCAAUGUAUAUGAAGGCAUUUGAAACAGUUUGGCAAUAAGAUGUGUUGCUGCCUUUUUGUUUUUAAUUUAAUACAAUAAACUAAAACCAGACUUUA